AUGUCCUGCGCAAAAGACCAAAGCAAGAUCCCAGGCGAACCACGAACAACAAAAAGUCAAUUCCUCGAAACAGGAGCAUCAGUGGUCCAAGACUUCACACCAGUAAAGCAGAUAUGCGCACACGUAAACGCAUUCCACGUUUACGCCAGCGACCCAACCCGAUGUGUCGAAGCGAACCACUAUUGCACGCAUCUAACAGAAGACGUACGCCAAUGCCUAAUCUACGACUCGCCCGAGAAGAACGCUCGCCUCAUCGGCGUGGAGUACAUGGUCUCGCCGCGCAUCUUCGCAACGCUCCCAGAAGAAGAGCGCCAGCUCUGGCACACGCAUGAAUUCGAGGUCAAAAGCGGCAUGCUUAUCAUGCCUGCACCGGCUGGCAUGCCUGAUUCCGUCUGGGAGGCUGCUGAGACGGCCGAGAUGCAGGAUUUGGCGCCUAUCUAUGGCAAAACGUUUCAUUUUUGGCAGGUUGAUCGAGGCGAUCCUGUUCCUAUGGGUAUGCCGCAGUUGAUGGGCAGCUUUACUUCCGAUGAGAGUGUUGAGCGGGCUAGGCCUGGAGGGUUAGAUGCGUUGCUUGGAGAGAGAGAUGCGAGGUUUGGGGUUGAUUAUCGGCAGAAGGCGAAGAAGAGGGAGGGGAUUGAGCCUGUUGAGAAGCACAAGGGUAUACAGCUUUCCAACUCACACCACAUGGAGCGAUUAUUACGAUCUACACUUCGGCUACUGAACCUGCGCACCGCCGGACGGCUCGCACUCAAUGGCGCCGGAACGUUCUGCGCAUGCGCGCUGAUCUGGGAGCACCUGAUCACCAUCCAGCUCAGCGCGGGCCCGUCGAUGUACCCGACCUUCGAUGUGCGCGGCGACUGGCUCCUGAUUUCGCGGAUCCACCGCAAUGGCAAGGGGAUUGAGGUCGGGGAUGUGGUGCGAUUCGGGCACCCGAACUUCCAGGGCGUCAAUGUUGCGAAGCGGGUGGUGGGUAUGCCUGGGGAUUUUGUUUGCCAAGAUAAGCCGCUCAGUACGGAGAUUGGAAAGGACAACAAUAUGAUUCAGAUUCCCGAAGGCCAUGUUUUCCUGGCUGGCGACAAUCUUCCCUGGUCGAGGGAUUCGAGGAAUUACGGACCCGUGCCUAUGGGGCUCAUUAAUGGGAAGAUAAUUGCGCGGGUAUGGCCGCCGUCGAAGGCGGAGUGGGUGCGCAAUCCAUUGAAACCGGCGCAGUUGGAGGGGAGUAUUUGA